ACAACAACAGCACCACCACCGACAACAUCAGUGACAACUGCAGAUUGUUCUGAUUUUGAAAUUCAGUGCGGUGAAUCAGACAUGUGUAUCGAUAAGUUAUUUCUGUGUGAUGGAUUCCCGGAUUGUGAGAACCUCUAUGACGAAUCUGCUGAAACAUGCAACAUUACGUGCCCAUCCACAUACUUUGGAUGUCCAUUUGGCUCAUGUAUAUAUGAUGAAUACACAUGCGACGAAUAUCCCUAUGAUUGUCUCGAUAACUAUGACGAAUCUCCAGAACUUUGUGAAGGAAAGUGUCCAGUACCUGACCCUCCAGAAAAUGGUGAUCUAAUUGAGUCAUUUGCCUACACAUUCUAUCGGAACGGAACGACUGUUUUCUUCGUUUGUGACAACGGAUACACUUUGCAAGGAUUCGAAUCAAGUACCUGCAUUAAUGGAACAUUUUUGGACAUUCCGACCUGUCAUGAAAGCUGCAUUUUGCCAACUCCUCCUUUGCAUGGGUAUGUAUCGGGGUCAACCGUUCAUGGUGGAAGCAUCAAUUUCAGUUGUGAAGGUGGAUUCAGACCAGAUGCAACUAGUACUCUUACUGCGUUAUGUGAGGAUGGACAGUACAACGCUUCUACAAUCACGUGCAGAGACAUUAAUGAAUGUAUGGAAAAAAGUGACGAUUGUUCUUUCAAUGCUAUGUGUAUUAACAUGAUAGGCUCAUAUGCAUGCAAAUGUAACUCUGGAUAUGAAGGCAAUGGGACUUCGUGUGAAGAUAUUGACGAGUGCGAACGUGAUAUGCACACAUGUGCUCUGUUGCCUUCCGGGUCAUGUACAAACACAAUAGGCUCAUACUCAUGUUCCUGUAAUGAAGGGUAUCGCGGAGAUGGACAGAUAUGUGUUGAAAUCGUGUUAUUGCCGUUUGGUCUCGAACAAGGGGACAAUAGUCUUAUUCAGGAAGUUGGUUCUGGUCGUGACGUCAUUUCACCAAACAUCGAACCACUCACCGGCUUUCCGUUUGGAAGCACAUUCCAUUAUAGAAUAUAUUUUACAGAUAAUGGAGUUGUAGUACUGUCAAGAGUCAAUGACGACAAGUUCGCCUUUCCUCAUCCUAUAAUUGGCGGCUUCCAGCCAAACACUCCUGAACAGAUAAUUGCACCUUUCUGGGCUGAUGCUGACAUGUCCUUAGAGGAUGGAGGAGAUGUGUUUUAUCAGGUGUAUGAUAACGAAAAUCCAUCUACUGCCACAGAAGAAAUGCUGCAGACUGUUACAGAACAAAUUCAAAAUUCACCAGUGUCAGAAGAAAAUUAUUUUGAUAAAACACAAUUUCAGGCUGACUGGAUGCUACUAAUUACUUGGCAUAAACUUCAACAAGUACCUGCAAUAAAUUACACGGACAAAACGAAUACUUUCCAAGCUGCAUUGGUCACAGAUGGUAUAUUUGGCUUUAUUCUCUUCAACUAUCAGAUCAACGAAAUGAAAUGGGCAGCAGAAAUAUUAGAUCCAAUGGAUGUUAUCAUUGGCUACAAUGCUUUAUUUGGUAGCACUGUAGACAAUGUCAACGCACAGUUAAAUUCGUCAAAUUUUCCUACCGCGUUAUCAAGGUAUCGCCCUGAUCAGGUAUUAGGAAACACAGGCUUAAAGGCAAGGUGGAUAUAUCGUGUUGAUAGGAAUAGUCCAUGGACAGUAAACGUCAAACAGUUGUGCCUCAACUGGUAUUCAAAAGAGCCUGAUCCAAGUGAAUGGGACCACCGAUUAGGAACGUGCCCUUGCGCAUUCGGUCAAGGGAGAAGUGAUGGUAGUUAUGGAAACGGAGUCCGUGGAAGAGAAAGAGCAAGAAGAACCACUGCCAGCAGUCCAUUAGAUGAGAAUCUUUUGACGAAUAUUAACAACUUAGAUGGAUUGCCUUUCUGUCUUCAAACAUCAACACCAUCUCGAACUGGUGCCGGUAUAAGAUGCUGCUACCGUGGAGAUAAAUCACUCAUCGUGGGAUAUGGUAGUUUUUGGCAAAGCAGUUUUGUUGAAAGGUACCAGCCGACAAGUUUCUUUGCCUUUUGGAACUGGAUAUUUGAAGAUCUAUUUCCGAAGUAUUAUUGCUGCGCCGCCUCUCAGGAUCCAUACUUCUGCGGUUUGUUUACUGAAAAACGUCCAGCGGGCUCCUGCGAUGGUUAUCUUCCUCCAAACACAGGAUGGAUGUUUGGUGACCCCCAUAUGACCACGCUAGAUGGUUAUGACUAUACAUUCAACGGUAUUGGGGAAUACAUAUUGGAGGAGGUAAUGUUAGAAGACAAUCAACGAUUCGUUGUACAGUGUCGAAUGCAACCUCCUAUUUUACAAACCGACAGCGUAGCUGGUGCCACCGUCUUUACGUCAUUUGUAGGUGCUAUUGACAAUGGCACUAAGGUUGAAAUGAGGAUCACGGAAGAUGCUUUGGAUUUAGAUAUACUUGUAAAUGGAACAGUUAUCAAUAAAACAGCACUAGUUGAAGAUGCAUACACGAGUAUUGAGGAUACAUCGUUUAGUAUUCAACUUGUCGAUGGAGAGUUGGCUAGCGGAGAAGACAGGUAUUUAUCAUCCUGGUCCGAUGGCGUAUCGUUUUCAGUCGCUGCUUCCAGUGGAAUGCUGAAUAUUGUUUUCCAAGCAUCAGUUAAUUACAAGGGAAUGGCUAGAGGACUUCUAGGAGUGUGGGAUGAUAAUGUGACAAAUGAUUUUGUGAAAAGAAAUGAAAAAGACGAACUUGCGAAAGCAGGUGAUGUAUACACUGGAGAAGAGCUUUACGAUUUUGGAAAUUCUUGGCGGAUUUCAGCAUCAGAAUCAUUAUUUACAUACAGAUCGAAUGAAACGUACGAUACAAUUAAUGAUGAGGCGUUUGUCCCAAAGUUCUUAGAAGACUUAAUAGAAGAAAAUGAGGGUACCGAGUUGUACUCUAAGGCUGUUGAAACAUGUGGGGACAACUCUCAGUGUGUGUUUGAUUCUCUGGCAACAAAAGAUACUAAUACAGGUGCUAAUACGCUUCAAACUAACGAAGUUAUUACAAAUGAUGUACAGGAACUAAUGAAUUUCCCACCGAAUAUCACACACAUUGAAGACGAAAAUAAUGUCCUAAACGGGAGCUAUAUCUAUGCAGUUGUUGGUGAGAAUUACACAUUUACUGUGGUUGCUACAGAUGAAGACGAUGAUGAAAUUACGUUCUCUCUUCUCGAGCCCGUAGCUGGAGCUUCAAUUGAUCCAACAACUGGAGUGUUUACUUGGACACCACAAGAUACAUCUAUGAUUAGACUUGGCGUAGUUGCAAAUGAUGGUGUUGCAAAUUCUUCCAGAGAGUUCCUGACAUUAUUAUGUGACUGUAAAAAUGGUGGUAAAUGUAAUUUUGGAACAAUAGAGGAUAACUCAAACAUUCUAGAUAAUAGCUUUGCUGUUGUUUCAUGUAUAUGUCACCCAGCGUACACUGGAAUAGAUUGUAGCCAAGACUUUGAUGCUUGUGCUGAUACGCCAUGCUAUCCAGGCGUCCUCUGUACAGAUAAUGUAGCACCAGAUCCCAACGCAACUUGUGCCAGUUGCCCUUCGAGCUUAGUCGGAGAUGGAUUCAAGUGUUAUGAUUAUGACGAAUGUAUGGAUAAUAAUGCAGGUUGCGAUCAGCUAUGCACUAACACGAGAGGAGGCUUCGAUUGUAGUUGUUAUGAAGGAUACUUGCUUCAGAAUGACUUGAAGUCAUGUAAUGACAUUAACGAAUGUCUUCAGGAAAACGACUGCAGUGAAAAUGCCUUGUGCACAAAUGUCCUAGGAAGCUACAACUGUACAUGUUUAAAUGGGUUCAGCGGCGAUGGAAUAGAUUGUCAAGAUAUUAACGAAUGCAUUGAGAGUCCAUGUCAUAAUCUAGCAACCUGUGAUAAUGUUGAUGGAUCAUUUACAUGCACGUGUCUAAAUGGAUAUCAAGGCAGUGGCCUAGAAUGCACUGACAUCAACGAAUGUGAACAGAGCACAUACAUAUGUGACGUCAAUGCCGAGUGUCGCAAUACUGCUGGGUCCUAUAAAUGUGUUUGUGUCAGUGGUUAUUUGGGCAAUGGAACAUUUUGCGCAAACAUAGACGAGUGUGAAUUAAUGACCCAUGAUUGUAGCGCUCGUGCUACAUGUGAAGAUACAAUGGGAAGUUACAAGUGUACUUGCGAACAGGGGUAUAUAGGAACCGGGAGAUCUUGCAUUGAUAAAGAUGAAUGCCAGACCGGCGAAUAUGAUUGCCCAGAUAAUGGAUAUUGUGAGAACACACAAGGCUCACACGUAUGUAGGUGUAAUCCAGGUUAUACCAUGAACAAUAGUUCAUGCAAUGAUAUCAAUGAAUGCGCCAAUAAUCCUUGUGACGCUGACGCAGGCUUUUGUGAAAACACUGGUGGGUCUUACAUCUGCAGUUGUCGAUUUGGCUACAGUCUCGGAGAUGGAGGCGUAUGUCAAGAUAUAAACGAGUGCAACAUAAAUGCACAUAACUGUUCACACGAUUGUUUGAACAAACCUGGAGGCUUCACAUGCAGCUGUCCUGGUGAUCUUGUUCUAGAUAACGAUGGAGUGACAUGCUCUUCGCAAGCAAAUUGUACGUUACCGUGUGUGAAUGGUGAUUGCAGUACUGACAGCGGAGGUGCGUUCAUAUGUGUCUGUAACUAUGGCUUUGAACUGUCAAAUGGAAACAAUUGUACUGACGUAGAUGAAUGCUCUAACGACGAUUUGAAUGGCUGUGGGGAUCUCGGAAAAUGCAACAACACAAUAGGAGGCUAUAACUGCAUUUGCAAUGAAGGUUAUGAACUCUUAGAGGGAACAUUUAUGUGCCUUGAUAUUGACGAGUGUAUGAGUACUGACCUUUACCCAUGUCAUGAUGACUCAAAUUGCUUGAAUACAAACGGAGGUUUUAACUGCACAUGCCGAUCUGGAUUCAGUGGUGACGGUCGAACUACUUGUACAGACAUUAAUGAAUGUGAAAAUGAUGCAAAUAACAACUGCGAUCCGAAUGCUAACUGUACGAACAACGACGGUUCGUAUAUAUGCACCUGCAAGAAUGGUUUUGUUGGCACAGGGAAUGAUUGUUUUGAUAUCAUCGAAUGUGAUAAUCCCGGAUCUUGUCCGGAUAAUGCGUUAUGUACCAAUACGGAGGGAUCUUACAGUUGUACCUGCAAUAUAGGUUUUGCGUAUAACCAAACAGGCGACUCGUGUAAUGAUAUAAAUGAGUGUGAUGAUUCAACCUGCAGCAUGAAUGCCGCAUGUCGUAACACCAUAGGAUCGUACGUAUGUACAUGUGACGCAGGUUUCCGUGGAGAUGGGUUCCAGUGCACUGACAUCCAUGAAUGUGAAGAGAAUAUUCAUGACUGUGACAUUAAUGCUGAGUGUGUAAACACGAAUGGCAGUUUCAGUUGCUUUUGUAACACCGGAUACGAAGGAAAUGGAACCAUGUGCACAGAUACAAACGAGUGUGAAACAGAUAUGGAUGAUUGCGAUGCUGUCGCUAACUGCACAAACACUUUAGGGUCAUUUCGAUGUACUUGUGGCACGGGCUUCACUGACACCGGAGCUGGUAGAAAAGGAGAUUGUAAUAACAUAGAUGAAUGUGAUUUAGGCAUUCACUCUUGCGACAUAAAUGCAGAAUGUAACGACACUCUUGGAUCGUUUGCGUGUCAGUGCAAUGAAGGGUACACGGGGUCCGGUACCAAAUGUGAAGACAAAAACGAAUGCGUAGAAGUAAGCGUCUGUGAUGGUGAUAAUGUUAUGUGUACAAACACUGAUGGAAGUUUCUUGUGCAGUUGUGUAGAAGGAUAUGCUAACAUAUCUGGCAUAUGUACAGACGCCUUAUCUUUGAACCUGUCGGUGAUCUUCACUCACAUCGGUGGCCAUAUUGUGACACAAUUAACCGAAUUGACUUUAACUGAGCAAAAUAAUCUAGUUAAAGAUAUGUCGGCCUUACUGCAAACAACGAGUUUAUCCACAGACCUCAUUGAUGUUACGUUUGACGAAUCUAUUAAUGUUACGGGAGGACUAUUAGUUGAAUUUCGCAUAGACUUAACAAAAGAAUCAGGAACUACAUAUACUCAAUUAGUGACAAUUUUUGAAAUGGCAACAAUGAAUGACAACAGAGUGCCACCAGAAAAUGCUAUCUAUGUGCCUCCAGAUGUGGAAUUACCUGUUUUGAUAUGUGAAUCUGAUGUGACCGUCGAAACGGUUCUUGGUAAGGCAACGGCUACAGUAGACAUUAUGCCACCCCAUGUAUCUGAUAAUUCAGGUGAAGACAUCGUUGCUACAAGCAGCCCAUCAAUGCCAACAAAUCUCGCUAUUGGGUCACAUACGGUGACGUUUACAGCUACUGAUUUGGCUGGGAAUUCAGGUUUUUGCGACGUUAUGGUUAAUGUUUCAGAUGAAGAGUCUCCUUCAUUAGUAUGUGCAGCUAACUCGACAUUUUACACGGACUUCGGCGAAUUAAAUGCUACUGUGGAUAUCCCUUUCCCCAUGGUAUCCGAUAACUCAGGGGAAACUAGUGGUAUUUUCACUGACCCAUCAAUUCCAAGAACCCUCGGCAUUGGAAAUCAUGUAAUACAGUUUACAGCUGUGGACCCGUCUGGUAAUACUGAAACAUGCAGCGUAACUGCUACUGUUCAAGCUUUAAAUACCAAAGAGUUGAGAUGGGUAAUCACUCACGUUGAUUCGUUAACAGUGGAAUUUUCGACUGAUUUACGUGAUUCUUCGUCUGAACUUUUCAUGGAAUACCAAGGAUACGUGUGUUUUGAAAUAUCUCAAGUUUUUGGCGAAGUGUUAAUAAAUUGUCAAGUAGUAAGUUUUAGCAGCGGAAGUAUUGUAGCAGAUAUUAACCUCGGCUUUUCGGAUCCGGAUAUAACUGGUGACACAGUGGUUAACGAACUCACAGAAGAAGCUGCAAAUGGGACACUUGGCAGACUCUCGGUACCCUCUUCGUCUAUCGUUUUAAUUGGCGGUUCAACAGUUGGCCCAAUACAAACAACAGGCGGCUCAACAGUUGUGCCAUCACAAACAGCAGGCGGUUCAACAGUUGUGCCAUCAAAAACAACAGGCGGUUCAACAGUUGUGCCAUCACAAACAACAGGCGGUUCAACAGUUGUACCAUCACAAACAACAGGUGGUUCAACAGUUGUCCCAUCUCAAACAACAGGCGGUUCAACAGUUAUGCCAUCACAUACAACAG